UGAUGAGCAGUCGAUGAUUUAUCGAGAAGUAUUGGAUGCUGUCUCGAGUGAAGAAGGAGGUCUAUUUUUCGUUUACGGCUAUGGAGGAACGGGUAAAACAUAUGUUUGGAAAACAUUAUGUGCUGCAAUAAGAAAGAAGGGCGAAAUUGUAUUGCCAGUAGCUUCAAGUGGAAUUGCUUCUCUCCUCCUUCCACGUGGAAGAACAGCUCAUUCUAGAUUUGGUAUCCCUUUGAAUGUAAAUGAAAAUUCUACUUGCGCCGGAAUUCGCCCUGGGUCGGAGUUAGCUGAUCUUCUCAUCAAGACAAAACUUAUCAUUUGGGAUGAAGCUCCGAUGAUGCAUAAGUAUUGUUUUGAAGCACUUGAUAGAAGUUUGAGGGACAUAAUGAGGUCUGUUGAUAGGGAUAACUUGCAUCGACCAUUUGGAGGUAAAGUGGUAGUAUUCGGAGGUGAUCUCAGGCAGAUAUUACCAGUUGUACCAAAGGGAAGUAGGCAGGAUAUCGUGUUCGCCACCGUUAAUUCGUCUUACUUAUGGGAUUCGUGUAAGGUCCUUACACUUACUCGCAAUAUGAGAUUACAAUCAAGUUCCUCAAAAUCUUCUGUUGAUGAAUUGCGAGAAUUCUCAGAGUGGAUACUAAGCGUUGGAGAUGGAAAUGCUGGCGGUCCUAAUGAUGGUGAAGCCGUCGUCGAGAUUGCAAAAGAUAUCCUUAUAGAUCCCGGGGCCGAUCCGAUUUUAGCAAUUGUUGAAAGCACGUAUCCAGACCUACAGGAACAUAUUUGGGAAGCUAAAUAUUUUCAAGAAAGAGCUAUUUUGGCCCCAACAAAUGAGAUAGUGGAGAUUGUAAUGAUAAUGUUCUAUCUACUAUUCCAGGAGAAAGAAAGUCUAUUUGAGUUCGGAUGCUAUAAGCAAAGAGGAAGGAAAUUUGGAGUCCACGAAAUAUACUCCACUGAAUUCCUCAAUACAAUUAAAUGCUCUGGUCUCCCAAAUCAUAGCAUACGAUUAAAGGUUGGUGCGCCCGUUAUGCUUCUACGUAAUAUUGAUCAAACAUCUGGAUUAUGUAAUGGCACGAGGUUAGUCGUCAAUCAUUUAGGUAAUCGUGUUAUUGAAGCUACUGUUAUUUCCGGAAGUAAUGUGGGUGCAAAAGUUUUUAUCCCAAGAAUGACAUUGACGCCGUCGGACUCCACCAAGUUUCCUAUCAGAUUUCAGAGACAGUUACGAGCAAAAAAGGUCUGA